AUGAACGUGUGGACGUGUGGAAGUGUGGAAGUGUGGAAGUGUGGACGUGUGGACGUGUGGACGUAUGGACGUGUGGAAGUGUGGACGUGUGGACGUGUGGACGUGUGGAAGUGUGUCCGUGUGUCCGUGUGGAAGAGUGGACGUGUGGAAGUGUGGAAGUGUGGACGGGAUGACGUGAAAGUGUGGAAGUGUGGACGUGUGGAAAUGUGGACAUCUGGACGUUUGGACGUGCGUCCGUGCGUCCGUAUGGACGUGUGGACGUGCGGACGUGCGGACGUGUGGAAAUGUGGACGUCCGGACGUGUGGAGGUGUGGUCGUGUGGAAAUAUGGACGUGUGGAGGUGUGGACGUGUGGAAAUAUGGACGUGUGGAGGUGUGGACGUGUGGAAAUAUGGACGUGUGGACGUGUGGAAGUGUGACGUGUGGACGCGUGGACUUGUGGAAGUGUGGACGUUUGGAAGUUUGA